CUCCUUCCGGGCUGUCCGUCUUUCUGCGAGAAAGGGCCGUGGGCUCCCCCUCUGCCCCGGCGGCCCGCGGGAGCCGUAAGAAGCCGCCGUGGGCGACUCGGCAGCAUUAGAUUGCAUUGACCCAGAGGGCUGUGAACAGUGGCCUUAAGUCUUACAAUCAAUGAAGUAUAGAAUCUAAAGUCUAUGACAUCGCAAAACCAUUUACACCCAAUUUUUAAGGAAAAUUAGAAUCAUACGUAAUCCCAUAAAGAAAACACGUGAAUUUACACUCAGCAGCUUUACUUCCAGCAUCAGAGACUCCUCAGUACAAUGACUCAAGCAGAAAUUAAACUUUGUUCUUUGUUGCUGCAAGAGCAUUUUGGAGAGAUUGUAGAAAAAAUUGGAGUCCACCUAAUCAGAACAGGCAGCCAGCCACUGAGAGUAAUUGCCCACGACACAGGAACAUCGCUGGAUCAGGUGAAAAAAGCCCUUUGUGUGCUCAUCCAGCAUAACCUGGUGAUAUAUCAAGUGCACAAACGUGGUGUAGUGGAGUAUGAAGCCCAGUGCAGCCGUGUGUUGCGAAUGCUUAGGUAUCCCCGGUAUAUCUAUACCGCCAAAACACUGUAUAGCGACACUGGAGAGCUCAUUGUGGAGGAGCUGCUACUGAAUGGCAAAAUGACAAUGUCAGCUGUUGUGAAGAAAGUGGCAGACCGACUCACAGAGACUAUGGAGGAUGGCAAGACCAUGGACUAUGCUGAGGUAUCAAACACAUUUAUGCGACUAGCAGACACACACUUUGUACAGCGUUGCCCCUGGGUGCCUGCCACUGAGAAUUCAGACCUGGGUCCACUGCCACCUGCCCCCAUUCUUGUCAUCAGUGAAAAGGACAUGUACCUGGUUCCUAAACUUAGUUUGAUUGGGAAGGGUAAAAGGAGAAGAUCAUCUGAUGAAGAUGCUACUGGGGAGCCAAAAGCCAAGAGAUCAAAACAUAGCACAGAUAACAAAGAGCCCAUUCCAGAUGAUGGGAUUUAUUGGCAGGCCAACCUUGACAGAUUCCACCAGCACUUCCGUGACCAAGCCAUUGUCAGCGCAGUUGCCAACAGGAUGGACCAGUUCACUUUUCAAACCCAGACCAGCAGCGAGAUCGUGCGGACUAUGCUUCGGAUGAGUGAGAUUACCACUCCCUCAGCUGCCCCCUUCACCCAGCCGUUGUCUUCCAAUGAGAUCUUCAGAUCCCUACCUGUUGGCUAUAACAUCUCUAAACAAGUUCUUGAUCAGUAUCUCACUCUGCUGGCAGAUGAUCCACUAGAGUUUGUUGGAAAGUCUGGCGACAGUGGUGGAGGAAUGUAUGUCAUCAACUUGCAUAAAGCUCUCGGAUCCCUAGCCACAGCCACUCUGGAGUCUGUCGUACAGGAGAGGUUUGGGUCUCGCUGUGCCAGAAUAUUCCGUCUAGUUUUGCAAAAGAAACACCUGGAACAGAAGCAGGUAGAAGACUUUGCAAUGAUUCCAGCAAAGGAGGCAAAGGAUAUGCUUUACAAAAUGCUCUCGGGAAAUUUCAUAUCACUCCAGGAAAUUCCCAAAACGCCAGACCAUGCCCCAUCCAGGACCUUCUAUUUAUAUACCGUGAACAUCCUGUCAGCUGCCCGAAUGUUGCUGCACAGAUGCUACAAGAGCAUAGCCAACUUGAUAGAAAGGAGACAAUUUGAAACCAAAGAGAACAAGCGUCUACUAGAAAAGUCUCAGAGGGUGGAAGCCAUUAUCGCAUCUAUGCAGGCUACAGGUGCAGAGGAGGCACAGCUCCAAGAAAUAGAGGAGAUGAUCACAGCUCCUGAACGCCAGCAGCUAGAAACCCUGAAGCGUAAUGUCAACAAGUUGGAUGCUAGUGAAAUCCAAGUGGAUGAAACCAUCUUCCUACUGGAGUCAUAUAUUGAGAGCACCAUGAAGAGGCAAUGACCCAGAAGAAGAGCCUUUCUCAAAAAUCUGGGGCGGUUGGAAGGAAAAAUAAAGGAGGUGACUGAUGCAUUCUCUGCAGUGA